AUGUAUUUUAUGAAGAAAGUAUUGUCUAACCUGGAUGGAAGUCGUGAUUUGAUUACCGUUGUUUCAAUUGCUCAUAUAAAUGUAAACAAAACUAUGAUCUUGAAUGUAAUGAAGAACAUUAUGGAUAAGUAUAUUGAUUAUAAACGAGAAGUUGAAGCCAACAAAUCAGGACCAAAUGAUCCGCUGGCUAAAUCUAAAUUAGGGGAGUUUAAGUUAUACAUGAAUCAGAUUAUAAAGUACGAAGAAAUGAGUUAUGAUUCAAACCAUCAUUUAUAUAGUUAUGGAUCGGUAUCCGAAGAUAAUGAAGAAGGCAGCAGUUCUCAUGAUCAGAUCAACCCUAAUCAAUUAUUAUUGGCAAAUGAAGAAGUUGAUGAGGUUAGACAGUUGAUGCUAGACAAUAUCAAUAAGCUAUUAAGUAGAGGAGAUAAGAUUAACUCGUUGGUUGACCAGACAGAUAGAUUAAAUACAUCAUCACUGGUUUUCCAAAAGCGUGCUCAACAAAUUAAAAGAAAAAUGUGGUUUAUGAAAGCAAAAUUUAUAUUAUACAUUAGUGGUGGGAUUUUGAUGAUAUUAUAUCUAUUUAUAGGUUCUCAGUGUGGGUUCCCUAUUUUUGACCACUGUAUUCGAAACUAG